AUGGGUACAAGGGUCGAAGAAGACUUGGCUAAACCCUACAAGCCGAGUAACCUUUCAUGCUUCUCACAGCAAAUAGCCGAUUACGAUUUUCAAACAAAAAUCAAGAUGCCGUCCCACAUCAGAACGUACGAUGGGUUUGAAGACCCAGAGGACCAUCUUCAGAUUUUUACCGGUGCAGCAAGGAUAGAAAAAUGGUCAAACGCUGAAUGUUGUUUAAUGUUCAUGCAAACCCUUAUCGGAUCUGCCAGAAUCUGGUUCUACGAUUUACCUGCUCGAAGCAUUCGAAACUUUGACGACCUUAGCAAGGGUUUUUUGGCCAACUUCUCCCAGCAGAGACGAUAUGUCAAAGAUGCAACCGUCAUAUUUCAAAUAAAACAGCGAGACAAUGAAAGUCAUCGUGAGUUUAUUGAACGAUACAAGAAGGAGGGUCUAACCUACGUAGGGGCAGACGAAAAAAUGAGGGUAGCCAAUUUCAUGAACGCUAUCACCUCAAAAUACCUCACAAGAGAUUGCAACAAGUCCCUGCCUAAGACCUUGGAGGAGGCCCUCGAAAGAGCAGAAGCCCACAUUCGGGGAGAGGAAGCAGUUGACAUCAAGGAACAGAGGAAAAGAGGGUCUAGCUGGCGAAGUAAUAGCCCGGUCAGAAAAAGAGGGAAUUACAACUCCUAUGACAGACGGCAAAAGGGCUCAGACCAUCAAAGGUCUGAAGGCCAGAACCCUCUAACCAGGGAAAAGGCAUGA